AUGCCGUCGGGUCAAGAAGGGCAUCUCUCCUCGCUAUCCGCUGCUUCGUUGAGCACAUCUAAAACAGUCAACAACACUGUCUUGUAUCGGUGUCUGACACUUCUAGCGAUCCGAAUCCUUAGGUGUAUUCGACCUCGAGAAGGGAAUGUUCUCAUGUUGACGGACAGACUAUGCGUCAAGUACGGACGCCACGUCCAUUUGUCUGAAGCAUCAACAAUGCAGUUUAUAUCACAACAUACAUCUAUCCCGGUACCAAAGGUUUUUUGUGCAUUUACUCGUUCCGGGUGGACAUACAUUUUGAUGGAGAGGAUCAAGGGAGACAUAAUUGGCAGUGGCUGGGAGCUUAUCGAAGGACAAAACAAGUCUUGGCCUUUGAUAUUUACCCAUGGCGACCUUAGCAGCCUCAACAUUCUUGUGCGUGGAGAUGAUAUCGUCGGUAUCAUUGAUUGGGAAACUGCUGGUUGGUAUCCAUCGUAUUGGGAAUACACGUCUGCCCACCAAGUCAACCCACAAAACUCUUUUUGGGUGCAUGAGAUUGAAAAAUUCUUACAACCAAUGCCUGAAGAGCUAGCGAUGGAACGGAUCCGUCAAAUACGCUUUGGAGAUGUUUAA